GUCUUGAGACGGAGUCGCGGGCUAUACCGGUUCCACCGGCGACCAAACCUGCCGGCAGUACAACUCCGGACAGCGUAUCGUAUACACGCCGUCGCGGCGCUCGCGAAAAACUAUUGCCGAUUUAAAAUGUGUUGCUAAUUUUGUGUGAUCGUUACUAUCAAACAGCUGUUACAAUGAACGAUUCUGUGACGCAAGGUAACUGGGAUUGGUAUAAGGAGGUGAUGAGGUCUUGGCUAGAGGACCCCCUCGUGGAGCAGUUUGGGUGUCUCAACAUGACGUCAUUGAACAUGGACCAGGCCUACAUGACAGGAAUCUCUGACAGAAAUGUAUCCCUGUACAGCGUCUCGGAUGAUUGUUUUCGAUGCCCCUUCGAGCUACAAAAGACACUUGAGGCGGGUGUGCAGAGCACGUUCGUGGUGAACACCGCGCGUCGCGCCACCUGGCGGGUCUAUGAGGACGUCAGCGAACAGUACAUGAGCGCCGCUAAUGCUUCGGGUUUGAUCUGCCAGCUACGUCCAGAGCUGGGAGAGUUCGGCGUAUACACUUUGAACGCGACGGGCGAGGGCUGCGAUGUUCGCACCGACAAGGAGCCUGUUAACAUCUAUCUACCUCUGCUUCUUUGUGUGAGCUUGCUGCUAGGAAUAUGGGUGCUAUACGGCCUGGGGAAACUGAUCAUGUCACGGAUCAGACGGACUGGCAAGCUGCGUUACGGCGACAAAGAACUAGCUAUGCAGCAGCGAUUACGGGCACUUGACACGUUUAGAGGAAUUGCUAUUGUGUUCAUGAUCUUCGUGAACGAUGGCGCGGGUGGCUACUGGUGGUUGGAGCACGCUACGUGGAAUGGUCUGGCGGCUGGUGACCUGGUGUUCCCCGCCUUCCUCUGGAUCAUGGGCGUCUGCAUUCCGCUCUCAGUCAAGAGUGCGUUCGCUAAGGGCAUACCUAGAUGGAAGAUCGUACUGCAAAUACUUAGGCGUUCAGUGGUGAUGUUCGUGUUGGGAGUGUCUCUGAACACGAUCUACGGGUCCAACAUGCUGGGCGAGCUGCGGGUGAUGGGUGUGCUGCAGCGGCUGGCUGUCGCAUACCUCGUUGCAGCGGGAUUCUAUGCUCUUACCGCGCCUAAGUACUAUACACCGCCACGGGGUGCUUGCGGGCAAGCGCUCAAAGACCUGAUGUCGUGCAUCUGGUGCUGGGUGCUGGCUGCUGUGCUGGUGGCCGCGCACACCGUCAUCACCUUCAUCCUUCACCACCCGGACUGUCCUGCGGGCUACUUGGGUCCGGGUGGCAAGCAUGAUGAGUGGGCGGCGCCGGAGUGCGGUGGCGGUGCGGCAGGUUACAUCGACCGUCUGGUACUGGGCGACGCGCACCUUUACCAGCACAGCGACGCGCGCCGCGUCUACGGUGGACUUCCUACUGACCCUGAGGGAUUACUCGGCUGCCUGACGUCUGCGGUGCAGGCGCUGCUGGGCGUGCAGGCGGGUGCCACGGUGCUGCUGCAGCGCGCGCACCGCGCCCGUGUUUCGCGCUGGCUGGCGUGCGCCCUCGCACUCGCCCUCGCCGGCGCGCUGCUGGCCGGCUUCUCGCGCGACCACGGCGUCUUACCUAUCAACAAGAACCUUUGGUCGAUGUCGUUCGUGCUGGUGACGUCGGCAUGUUCGCUGACGCUGCUCAGCAUCUGCUACACGUUCACGGACGCGUGGCGGCUGUGGGGCGGCGCACCCUUUCGCGCACCCGGCCUCAACGCCAUCGCGCUCUACGUGGGCCACUCGCUGUGCGCCCACUUGUUCCCCUUCCACUGGCGCGUGCCCCUCAUGCGGACGCACGCCGUGCGGCUCCCGGAGGCGGUGUGGGGCACCGCGCUGUGGGUCAUCAUAGCCCACGUCAUGGCCAAGAAGAAAGUGUUCAUAACCCUCUGAGAGUACGCCUCAUUCGACUCCGCGCUGACCGUCAACAUAGCGGAGUACGAGGUGUUCAGCAACGCGCGCGCGCGCGACGUGCGGCGCGACACCGACAUAGUGCGGCUGCGCGCGCGCCCGCCCGCCGCGCGCCCCGCGCCUCCGCGCUCGCCGCUCUCCGCGCCCCUGCUGCCGCACCGCCGCAAGCGCAAUGUCGUUUCUCUGUAGUACAGUGUAGUGUACUGACACUCUUUUUAAGUUUUUAUUCUUCGAGGUUAUAAAGUUGAUCGAAAAGUGUGGGUAUGACUUGGAACUCAGAUUUGGACCUUUCGAUACACAAAAUUUUACAAGAAAAUGACAUUUAGAUUUUUAUAAGAAUAGCUGUCGUGGAUUCAGAUAGUGCCCACGUGUUUGAAGUGCCGUUUAAUAUAUUUUAUAGUACUUUUAUAUUUAGAAUUUUACAAGUAGUUACAUAUCUCUAAGAAUCAUCCGUAGGUCAUAAUAAAAUGUAAUUUCAGGUAUGACUUUUUGUAGAUUUAAAAUAUUGCUCAAAAGUAAAAUGAGUAAACGAUGCAUUUGAAAGUUUUGUACAUUUGUGUCCGUGUGAGCUUCAGAUCAUAAUCAAAUCUAGUCUCGUUCAGAGCAAAGUAACGAAUUCUACUUAUUACAUUGUGUAAAAGUAUAGAGUUUAAGAUUAAUUCUGCGUUGCAUUAGAAAUAAAACAGUUUUUAUGUAGAAAA